ACCGGAUUUAAAUAAAUGGAUUUAAAGCACCAUCCGGUCAAUCGAUUUGUGAAGUUACAAGUGAAGUUUUCAAAAUUUUCUCCUCUCGCACAAAAUGAGUGUGAUUAUUGAAAGUAGUCCGGUUAAAGUAAUCGAUCCUUCCGAACUGUUGCGUCCGGAACCAGCCUUCGCAAAAAAACCAGUUGCGCAAUUCCGCGAUUACUCCAUCGAUGAAAAUGAUCCCAUCAAAGAAAGAGUGAGGAAAACAUACAAGGAAAUGCAUACACAUCAAACUGUCGCCUUUGUUCAAGAAAAAAUAGAUUCCUGGACAAAAUUCAAUCAUUUUAAGUCCACAAUUAAGGACGCCUUAAUACGUCUAAAUGAUUUGGUUGACGAAAGUGACCCAGAUGUUGACCUCCCCAACAUCGUCCACGCAUUUCAAACGGCUGAAAGAAUCAGAAGAGAUUAUCCAACCCAGGACUGGUUCCAUCUAACUGGAUUAAUCCACGACUUGGGAAAAGUCAUGGCUUUUUAUGGUGAACCUCAGUGGGCUGUCGUGGGCGAUACCUUCGUUGUUGGGUGCGAAUGGGACAACGAUAUUGUUUACAGGGACACGUCGUUUGUUGACAACGUUGAUGGAAACAAUCCCAAAUACAAUACCAAAUAUGGAAUGUAUAAACCCAACUGCGGUUUGGAGAAGUUGUUAUUAUCUUGGGGUCACGACGAAUACUUGUAUAGAGUGUUGUUACACAACAAAUCCACUUUACCCAAAGAAGCUUUGUACAUGAUCAGGUUCCACAGUUUUUACCCGUGGCAUUCUGCUGGUAAUUAUCAGCAUUUAACUACCAAGGAGGACGAAGAGGAGGUGAAGAAAUGGGUUUUGACUUUUAAUCAAUACGAUCUAUACACUAAAAGCACUGAAAUCCCAGAUAUUGAAAAAUUAUGGCCAUAUUAUGAAAAAUUGAUUGACAAGUACAUACCAGGUAUCUUGGAGUGGUAAUCAUAAAAAAUAUAUCAGUGUAAUACAGAUUUAAUAAAAAUAUUCUACUCUGAACAAUAAUAAUAUUUUAAAUAUGCUUAAUGUUUUUCUAUAAACAUUUCCCAUUAUUUUAUAUAUUGUGUGUGUCCACAAUGAUUAGUCUUAUUAUUCCUACAGACAAAUAAGUCACGCUGGAGUUGAGUCGUCUGGCAAAUCAGCCGUUCGAUUUUCAAUUAUGCUAUCUUCUUCCACAUUUCGAUACCGCAGACGGACAAAAAGAGCGCGAACUUUUACAAAAACUAAAGUGCAUGUAAUUCCAUUGUACAGACACAUUCCAUACAGCAACGCCACGAAUCCCAAUAGCUGAAAAUUUACGGGUUUUACCAAAAUAUUAUUGCAAGCGUUGUAUGUACCUGAAGCCAGUGGAAUUUUUGUCCCAUAAACAUUAAACUCACAAUCCAGAUAAUAAUCGUACGAACACUGUCCAGGACCAUUCUAGUCGUUGCUGAUAUUUCUUUGGUUACACUGAUGCCGGCAAAAUUAAAGAAUGCUAUGGAUAUGAUUGUACCU